AUGGGGGCAAGAAAGGACACAGUGCGUGUACGUCGCAAGCACGUGCUCGAAAACACAACACGAGGUUUUGGGAAGUUAACGUUUGUUUACGCGAAACAUUUCGAAGUCAUGUCUGACGAGGAAAAUAUAGACGUUGAAUCGGACGAGGAAGCGACAGAAGACCAACAACCGACCCAAUUUUUAACACAGGCAGACAAACGAGCACACCACAAUGCGUUGGAAAGAAAGAGACGAGAUCAUAUAAAAGACAGCUUUUGUCAUCUUCGAGAUUCUGUUCCUUCCCUUCACGGGGAAAAGGCAUCAAGAGCGCAAAUUCUGAACAAGGCAACAGACUACAUCAAUUACAUGAGAAGAAAAAACCACUCUCAUCAGACAGACAUUGAAGAUCUCAAGCAACAAAAUGUCAUGCUUGACCAACAAAUCCAUAACAUGGAAAAACAAACAAACAGCGGCCUUUUCAAUACAGACACAGCUACGGCAUUGAUUUCGACAACAGACACCUUGUUGAGUACAUCUCCACUCCCCAGUGAUUCCCUACUUGAACAGGAACACGAUUCCAACACACUCGUAGACCCUUUUGUAAAUAUUGAUGGCGUUGAUGGUCCCCAAAAUGCAGGAGAAUACACAACACCAAGGAAUGUUAUGGAUGACAGCUACAGGAUAUGAUUACUAUUUAUUUUUUCUUGGAAAUUGCACCAAUGUAAUAUAAGAUGUCAUUUUACAUCGCUAGGAAAUCUGUAAAUAAAAACGCACAUCUGGGUAAAAAUAAAUAAUGUGUAUGUUUGUACAAUCGACUUUCGUAACUACAUUAUAGCCAUUCUUUCUAGACAUGCUUAAACUUUAAGUUUCCAAAUUCUGAGGAUUCUAAAUUCUGAGGAUUCUAAAUUUGUGUAAAUAUAGUGUUUUGUUUUAUAUGCAAAACAAUGUCUCGCACCACACACCUGCACAGAUAACUAAGAUGAAUCACCAAACUGAAUAAAUAUUUUAAAACCUACUUAUUAAU